AUGCCCAGAAAAAGAAAAAUCAGGGUAGUAAGUCAAGGUAUGAGUAUAGGACGUCUUCAGGGUGAGAAAAAUCUAUUGAUAUGCUACAACUGUAAAAAGCCAGGGCAUCAUUGGAAGAAUUGUAGGGAUCCCCCUGCGAGUGCAGUACCUCAUAUUACUUCUAUAGUUCCCGUUUGCUAUCACUGCAACGAGACGGGACAUAAGAAGCCUGAAUGCCCGAAGUUAAAGACUGGUAAAAGAGACGGGGGUACAAAUCCUGCAAUUGCAUCGUCCUCUAAGGGAACCACUAUGGUGACACGAGAUCGUGCUCACCAGAUGACUAGAGGAGCCGGUGAUUACAACGACAGUGGCAGUAUCGGAAAAUUGGCUCACCCAAUGGUUAUCGAUGUUGCCGACAACCUCACUAUUUAUGUCACUGAUGUUUAUCAGGGUUACACUCUCAAGUUUUCUGGAGUUGAAUUUCCCAUUGAUCUUAACCCUAUUGCAACGCGAGAGCUCUGCGUUAUCGUUGGCAUGGAUUGGCUUGAUGCGUUUGAUGCGGAAAUCCACUAUCGUAAGAAGCAAUUUCGUGUUCGAAACCCUAGAGGUGGAGAACUUAUUAUUCAGGGGGACAAUCCCCACCUGGCUAUGGCUUCUUGCUCUUCUGCUAUAGCACUAGACGACGUUCCUAUCGUUUCCGACUUCAACGAUGUUUUUCCGAAGGAACUCCCUGGCUUGCCACCUAUUCGCCGGUUAUUACCGGAGGUUCAUUGA